AUGCUUCCCCUCCGCCGCAAAUCGCGCCGAUGGAUCACAAUCGUUGCGCCGUUGAUCGGCUUCGUGGUCCUCCUACAAUUCCUGCGUGGUCCGCAAUGGUUUUUCGUCGCCAACAGAACGCCAAGUCAGAUUAGUCCUCGAGGCGCUUCUCCGGACCAACAGCAGCAACAACCACUACAACAGAACAACAAAAUCGCAGCGCCAACGAAACAGGCUCAGCGAGAACAGCAGCCGCUGGUCGCAAAGCCGAAACCGAAACCGCCAAAGAAGGAACCGAAACCGAAAUUCGCUUGUCCGUCGCUGCCGGGGAUUGAAGAUGUGCUCGUCGUACUCAAAACGGGCGUUACGGAGGCACUUGACAAAGUACCCAUCCACGCCCGCACCACGUUUCGCUGCGUGCCGAAUUACGUCGUUUUCUCGGAUUAUACGGAACAGGUCGAGGGCGUGCAAUUAUUCGAUGUUCUACAAAAUGUGCAAAAGGAUGUACGAUUGACAAUCGAAGAUUUUGACCUCUACAACCGCCUACGAGUGUCGGGACGAGCGGGAUUACAAGAAGCAGACUCGACGGAGGAAGAGAAUGGGGUCUUUGGUAUGCCGAAUAACCCCGGUUGGAAGCUCGACAAAUGGAAGUUCCUGCCUAUGAUCGAUGAGGCGCUCAAGGCCAAACCGGACGCAAAGUGGUAUGUCUUUAUGGAAGCGGAUACGCAUAUUGUGUGGGCGAAUCUGGUGGCGUGGCUGGCUCGGCUGGAUCCGAGUGAGCCGUUGUAUCUGGGUACGGAGACGCAGAUUGGUGAUGUGUUGUUUGCGCAUGGCGGGUCGGGGKUUAUUCUGUCGCAGAGGGCGAUGAGGAUGGUUUCGAAGCAGUAUGCGAAGAAUACGACGGAGUAUAAUGCAUACACAAAUGAAGAAUGGGCGGGGGAUAUGGUUCUGGGCAAAGUGCUCAAGGAUGCUGGGGUGGAUUUGACAUUUACGUGGCCGCUGUUGCAGAAUGCGAGGUUAGGCGAGAUUGAGCCUUUGACGAACCAAUUUUAUCGCCAGCCGUGGUGUUUUCCGGUCGUUGGAUUCCAUCAUUUGAGUCCUGAGGAUGUGGAGGAGAUGUGGAAGUUUGAUCAGGAAUGGUUUGUCAAGAAAAAUCAUAAGUAUCUCCUCCAUUCAGACGUCUUCCGUGAACGCAUCUUGCCACAAAUGCGUCCCGGCAUCCAGCAAAAUUGGGACAACCUUUCCGGCGACCUCGUUGAGGACAUUUUAGUUGAGAAUGUGGACGAAUGCCGCCGCGUCUGCGAAGGGGACGGCUUGUGUCGUCAAUACAGCUUCCGCUGGAGCGAAGACCCAGAUUUCGAAGGUGAAUGGAGACCUGAAUGUCGAACCUUUGAGUCGCCACGAUUAGGGGUCGCGCGUGAGGGGACACAGUCCGGUUGGAUGAUGACACGGAUUGAGGUAACGACAGGAGCCAGGGGAGAAUGCGAGAGUGUUGAAUGGGAGUGA